CAUUUCACGGUAGACGGUGUAAUUAUUGCGGCGUGUUCCGCUGUAUACACGAAGGAGGAGGAGCAGCAGCAGCAACAACGUGUGUGUCAAGUGUCAGUCUCCUGCCCUGUGCAGACAACAGCCCGGACGCGCUGCGGUAAUUGGCUGAGACCGUGGGGUGUUUUGUCCCUUACCGGCUCUCGUUAGGGGAGAUGGGAGAGGGCAUGUCCAAGAGGCUGAGGCUGCAUUUCGGUGGGGAAGCGGAGAUGGAGGAGCGGUCGUUUAUCAACCCCUACCCCAACUACCGACCACAACAGCCUGCAACAGGGACUGGGGAUCAAGAGGUAGAACCGGAGCAAGGGGCGCAAUCCUCGGAGGAGGUGGACCUACCGUUUGACAGAGAUGGGAAGAUUACUAGUAACUUUUCCAGACGUGUCAAUGCAAAAAUUAGCGACUUGCUUCAGCAGAUGGAAGAAGGACUGAAGACCACAGACCCCCAUGACUGCUCUGCAUAUACUGGCUAUACAGGCAUAGCUCUGCUGUACCUACAGCUGUACAGGGCCACCCAAGAGCAAUCCCAUCUGCAGCGCUCUCUGGACUAUGUGAAACGGAUCCUCCGGAACCUGAACGGAAGAAGGGUCAGCUUCCUCUGUGGGGAUGCUGGACCUCUUGCGGUGGGAGCUGUGGUGCAUCACAAAUUGCAAAACCAAGCCGAAUCAAAGGACUGCAUCACAAAGCUGCUGCAGUUGCACAGUGGUGUGGUCAGCACAGACUCCGAGCUGCCAGAUGAGCUACUCUAUGGUAGAGCUGGCUACCUGUAUGCAUUGCUCUAUGUAAACACAGAGAUCGGGCCUGACACUGUACCUGAGGCUACAAUCAAAGAGCUUGUAGAUGCUAUUAUUGAAUCUGGUAAAAACUUGUCAAAAGAGGAACACAAAGCAGAGCGUUGUCCCUUGCUGUACCAGUGGCAUAAGAAGCAGUAUGUGGGAGCAGCACACGGACUAGCUGGGAUCUACUACAUGUUGAUGCAGCCACUAUCCAAAGUGGAUCAAGAAACUUUAACUGAGCUGGUAAAGCCGAGCAUAGACUAUGUACGUCAUAAGAAAUUCCGAUCUGGAAACUAUCCCUCGUCCCUAAGCAAUGAAACAGACCGGCUGGUGCAUUGGUGCCAUGGAGCACCAGGAGUUAUACACAUGCUGCUUCAAGCUUACAAGGUUUUCAAAGAAGAGAAGUACCUAAAAGAUGCCAUGGAAUGCAGUGAUGUCAUAUGGCAGAGGGGGCUUCUGAGAAAGGGCUAUGGCAUCUGUCACGGGACCGCCGGGAAUGGAUAUUCUUUUCUGUCUCUCUAUAAUCACACCCAGGAUAAGAAGUAUCUCUACAGGGCGUGUAAGUUUGCUGAGUGGUGCUUAGAUUAUGGGAAGCAUGGAUGUCGUAUCCCCGAUAGGCCGUACUCACUGUUUGAAGGCAUGGCUGGCACUAUCCACUUCCUUUCUGACAUGUUGAGACCAGAGAUGUCACGCUUCCCUGCAUUUGAACUUUGAUCUCUUGCCAGGGACGAUUGCCAAGGUUGUACGCUUGCGUGCUUUUCAGAAGACUCACUUGAGCAGGUGUCGGUUUUGCGUUCCUCUCCCUAAGCUGCCUGCUUUAACACCUCACCACAAAUCGAGUCUUAACGCAAAGGUUACGACAGAUGUCUGGCUCCCACACGCACCAAGAGCUUUUCGGUUUUGCUACGCGUGGACGCCUAUUUUACGUUUUUUCAAGUUAUGUUUCUCGAUGCCUUUAGUUCAAGAAAUAUGCACCGUUCUCACCUUUCGCUCAGCGUGCGAUAUUCUGAAAAAAACUGGUAGCGUUGUAUGAUUGUCACGUGUGGUGCAAUUCAUUUGCAAACUGGGAUAUUCAGGAGGCUUCACAAUAUUUCAAAAUAAUAGUCAAACAUCCAUCGAAGGCAGUUUUGUUAAUGCACUUAAUGAAUAAAUAAAAUGUAUAGUGAA